AUGUCGAUGGAGGACUUUUUGUUUGGCAGCGAUUUAGAGGAUAGCGAUGAGGAAGAGAAAGCCACAAAACCACCUAAAAAAUCAGAGCGGGAUGCUCAAAUGAACGAGCUGUUCGGUGAUUCACCCAGUGAAGGAGAAGAAGAGGUUGAAGGUGGCGGUGCGCGUGAUUCUGAGUCCGACAAAGAAGAAGCGGAAAGCGGCGAAGAGAGAGAAGAAAGAAAAAACGCGGUUCAAGAAGGAGAGGAUGAUGAUAACGAGAAAGAUAAUGAUGUAAGAAAUGAGGCUGCUGCCUUCUGGUGUAUAUUUUUUGUCACUUGAUAGAGCGAUUAGUGUCCAGGUCUAUACAAAAUUAAUCUUAAGUACUCAACGGUAGACUUCAGGCUGGUUGAAACACCAGUCCAGACACACGCACUGACAAGUUCAGGGGUGAACAACAUUGUGACCACAUGGUUUAACGGUACACACUACAUGGUUUACUCACACCAGACACCAUUUAUUUUGGUGAACAAUACAUGCAACAGAUGAGGAAGCAGUUGCAUAUAUGUAACUGUUAACAUCAGUUGUUCAUACUUCCCCCUGCUGUCAGCCAUCUAAUUAAUUAUUGCAGAAUACCUACCAGCUAGUUAGCCCCUUAAUCAUGAAGCUGCCGCCAUGUAGCCAAGUAGCUGUGUAGCCGCAUAGCCACAUUUCUAGGUCCAGCUUAUGAGUGGCCGGGUAUUCUGCUGUUAUUCUUAUCUGUAUUGUAAAAAGUGUAACUUUUAUUUUUAAUGAAAGGAUGUUGCAAAGCCGAAGCUUCAGACUCAGCUGUCAUCCACUGACUUGUUUGGAGAUGAUGAGGAACUUUCAUCAGAUGAAGAACAGGUUGGUCUGCUCAAAGUUAUUUAAUUUUAAACUUCCCCAUCAAUUUCACCUUAUGCUACUGCACAUCAUUAAGGGAUUGCAGACUUUAAGUUCAAUUUUGUGGUGGUUUACUUGGUGUUACAGAUAGUGUGAUCACGAAAUAUAGGACAUACACUCAAACACCAUUAACACAGACACUGAAGGGUCCAAAGAAAGUGUCCGUAUUAAGUGGGUCAUGUUAUGGAGAAGUGAAAAAAACUUUUUAUUAGAACAAAAUACUAAAGAAAUAAUGGAGCAUUGGCAAAUUUAACAUCUGUAGCCUUCUCAAAGCCAUCAUUUCGCGGACUAAAUCCACACAAACACUCAAAAUUGCUCAUUUAUAUAUAUUACUUUCAAGAAUUACUUUAUCAGAACUGUUCUUUACAUCAAUUGUUUGUUGGCAAAAGUCUGAACCCACACAACUCAUCCUAUCCGGUGUACUGUAGUGCUGGGAACAUCAACAUGCUGUCAAAUGAAGGUUUUUUCACCUUCAGAAAGGAAAGGUCUAUGAGUAUUAUGACACACAGUUGAUAAUGAAGAGUCUUUGAGGUUAACUUGCUAUGAGAAUCUGUUGAUUGGGCCAGAAACAAGUGUCCAUUGUCGGCAUUAAUAGGUGUCUGUAUUAAGUGGGUUGAAUUCAAAGAAAAUUUAAUUGCUUUCCCCAGGGACAAAGAAAACUGUCUGUAAUAAUGAGAUGUUCGUAUAAAGCAGAUGUCUGUUAAAGGGGCUACUGUCAGGGCAGUUCAGUUUAAUUUUUCCAAUUACUCGCUCUCAAUCGCUAUGGAACUUAAAGUAAGCAAAGAAAUUACAUGUAAAUGACAAAAUCAGAGAUCUGUGACAAACAAAUAUGUCUCCUGAGUAUUAUUUUUGAAGUUGCAAGCAGCAGGAAUCAACUUUGAAAAACUGUUAGGUUGAACAGUUUUCAAAAACCCUAAUUUCAAUCCAUUUCAAUCUUCUUCAGUUUUGCCCAUCCGUGGCAUCUGUUGUUUCUGUUAUGUUAUUUUAUCCUUCCUUUAAAGUUUUAAGCAGAUAUUUUUAUGUUUCUCUUAAUUUAACGGGCAUUUUGUAAUUUCCUAAUUUGGCUGAAUUUCGUGACACAUCUCCUUUAAGUGGGGUUUGACCGUAACUCAAAGGAAUGAAAAGACUGAAUGGCGGCCACACCACAACAUCAUUGUUAACCAACUGUAGUUUCUGCAACACCAAGAAAUACCCAAGCUCGCUUUCUCUCUCACAAUAGCAUAGUUGUUGGUUCAGGUCACCAUGAAAGUUUUGGAAAAUAGGACAUAAACUAAGAAUUUAACAAUGGAUUGUGUUAAAAUGUUCUGUGUUAAAAGCAAGGAAAUGUUAAGAAAUAAACAACAGUCUAAUAUAAGUUAUCCUGGAUUUUCAAUGGUUACAGAAAUGUAAAAUUAAUACUUUGUUUAUUUGGGAAACACACUUAGCUUCUCUAGCUGUUAUAAAAAAUCGAUAUAACACAACAGAAUUCAAAACCGCUUCUGGCAGGAGGCAACCAGUUGGUUAUUUACAAACGUGCUGGGUUGUCAGAAAGUUUUGAAGUAGAUGGCCAAGUUAUCAAAGUAAGCGGCCAGUGCACGUAUAUGUAUAUCUUAUUUAAAAAACGCCAUCCAUAAAGAAAUGCCAAGCAGAGUAGCCGGCUGAUACUAACCAAGUAGGUGGUGAUUUUCACCGGCAGCUGGCUACUUUUGACAACCCUGAACAUGGAUGUGGAUUUAAACUUGGCACAACUGGAUCGGGUGGGACUUGGACCCAGGAUCCCCUGAUUUGGAGUUUGAUGCACCGACCACCAGGCAACAUUGCUAAUGAUGUAUAACAGUGGAAGCUUACUCUCAUACCAUCAUAUGUUUUGGUAAAGAAAGCCUUUUUGGGGUGGAAGUGACAGGCAACAUUGCCUGGAAAAAUGGUGACAUUUGAUUCCUCUCAAAUAGCACCCACAAACAUCAGAAAAGAUGGAAAGAAUAAUAUUGGGACAGUGAUAAUCCAUUUUUUUAGGUAGCGAAAGGGACAUCUGUUCUCUUUUGCAUUUUGGCUGUUUUGACAGUGAAAUAACAAACUCUUUUCCAUUAUUUUAGAACAUUUCCGGUUAUUUUUUUUGUAACAUUUUCUAAUUAUGGUUUUAUGAUUCUCUCGCUAGAGAUUCUUAAUUCUUUUCAGGCGCUUUAUCUGCUGUAAAUUCCAAACUGAGUAUUGCAAAAAUUUAUUCUGAACCGACAGUGACAUUUUUCUUCCCAGGUGAAAUCCAACAGCAACAUGUUUCUUAACCUAACAGGCGACAGGCAGUCUUAGAAAUGACUGACAUUGCAAUGGUAUACCCCCCUUGGAAGGCCUUGUCAAUAUGUUGUUUAUCCUAGAGUUUUAAGCCUUAUGGGACAAGAAAAGACUGCAAAGAGAAGCUAAAAGUAACUUCUAUUUAUGAAGAACUAAGUCUUGCAUAGCUUACUUCAUGUAUAAAAUCACUUCUUAUAGCAUGAAGAGAAAGAAGAUCAAACUGUGGUGCAAAAUGAAGAGCUACCAGUCCGUGAUGUUGAUGAAACUCAAGCAAUUGCAGAUGCUGAUGACAUCACCAGGGAGGAAGGGGAAGAAGAAGAGGAGGAGGAAACAAGAAUUGAUGUUACGAUACCUUACUGCAGAUUCUCACUUGGCUCCGAGCUCUAUUUUGUCAAAAUGCCCAACUUUUUGAGCAUUGAGCGGAAACCAUUUGACCCAGCUCUAUAUGAAGAUGAAAUGGAAGAAGAUGAAGUGUUGGAUGAGGAGGGAAGGGCUAGACUUAAGUUAAAGGUAAUGUCAAAUUAUUUUUAUUUCUUGUUGUCAAACAUAGCUGUAUUAUAGUGGAGCUCUUGUGUACACGAAGCACCCAUAGUGGAGCACCAUGUGUAAGAAACUUUGGUUAUCUAUGCAUCCAAGAAAUUUUGGUCCUGGCAAAUGUGGCCACCCCUUCAUGUUAGCGGAUGUGAAAUGGCACUCUUACUAGCUAAGAGUCCAAGGCGUAAUAUACUACCAUGUUUAACUUGGUAUUGGACAUUCCUGUUAAAGUCAAUUGACAGCUGCUUUUAAGGUGGAAUUCAGGUUGCUUUCUGCUUAUGGAAAAAGUUAAAUUACUUGAGAAAGACAUUUCUAAAAAAAAUCCCUCGAGAGCUUCACUUUUGGCCUUGGCUAAAUCUAUAUAUUAUAUGUUGUAGGUAAAGUUGGUUCUCAGGUUAACCCAGAAUUCUCUUCGUCCCCUUUGAAUCAUAAUUACUUACCAGGAAGCAAAUUAAUGUUGAAUGUUGGUAUAAAAUAAGAAUGUAUGUUACCACUACCUAAAAGAAGUAAAAAGGUAAAGAAUCUUUACUUUACCUUGGUAGGUCAUAAUAGUCAUCAUUAUUUUGAUAAACAAACCUGAUUUUAUACCCCUCACUCUAUAAUCUAUAAGUGGUCUUUUUCACAAGUACUUAAAGCCACUCAAAGCCACACGGAAAGGGGGAUAGAAUUUGAAACAAGGAUUUGAGGCCUCCCCCAGGAAUCAAACUUGGGACUUCUUGGUCAGUUGGCCAACGUGAGAAGGAGUUACUAAAAUAAAUACCUUUUUUCUCAAUAAUACUAAAUAUUCCUGUUCCUGUUUAAACUUGAUGCAUAUUAUUUUGCUCUUACAUGAUAAUUACAUGUACCGGCAUCUUAAUACACCUGAAAUAAUACUGGAAAUAAAGCAUAUGGAGCUUAAAUUAUUUUAAAGAUCUUCAUUAUUUUAGGCAUUUACAAACAUGUGAGUGAUGUGCUUGCAAAUAAUAGAUUUAGGUGGAUUUUCAAACAUGAAGCAGCAUGCAAAUGAUGUGAUUAAAACAAAUUUUAAACAAUUAUUGGAUGAGGCUUUUGUGAUAUCUGGAAUAAUCAAGGUUGGGGUAAGUGUUAUUAGCCGAGCCGAGGGCCGAGGCUGUUAACACGGAACCGAUUUGUCAUUACUCUUGGAGAUCAUGCGUUGCAGAUUAGUCAGUUUCCUGCUAGCAGAUAACUAACUACCGUAAUCUGUAGGUUGCACUGAUUUCCAAAAUCAACUGUAGGAUCUUAGCCAAUGAGAAGAUACAAUGUAUAAUAAUACCAGUUAUUGGUUAAAUUACUGAAAAUAUGAGCAAAUGUUACCAGUAAUUCAAGAACUGCUGGAGGUAAGGUUUAGCUUUCAACCACAGUCUUUUUGUUUUUGGCUAGGUGGAAAACACAAUUCGAUGGAGAUACCGAAAAGAUGAAGAUGGGAACGAGAUAAAAGAAAGUAAUGCAAGAAUAGUGAGAUGGUCUGAUGGUUCCACAUCACUGCUUCUUGGAGAGGUGUUUGAUGUUCACAAAAACAAAAUUGAUGGCAAUUUUAACCACCUAUUUGUACAGCAGGUUUGUAGUUGUAUAAUACUAUGACAUACUCUGUGACAGCAAAAAUAAUUUGUCUAAUAAAAAGAAGAAAUUGUAUGAGUUCGCAAAUCUUUGAUUGGAAACGUUGCCAGACACUCUUUCCCUCUAGCAGCAGAAUGCGCGAGCGUGAAUUGAUAAAUAAAAUGAACUGAAUGUAAAAAGUGAAAGAGAAAUAGCAAAAAAUUCAACUUCUAAUUAAAUCUUUUCUUAUGGUUUAGAAUAAACUAUUCUCGAAACUGAGAAUGUUUUGAUCAAAGCUGUGUAAAUCGAACUAAAACUGUGCAUGGAACCUUGCGUUUCCUGUAUUUAUCUCACCUAUAUUGUAUGGAAUGUGUGUGAAAAUCUUCAUUAUGAAUCGGCAUAUUUCAAGAGCUACACAAUGACCAAGACUACUAUUGACCGACAAUAUACAGAGCGGGGGCAGCUGUAGUGUCAACUAGUACUAGUUAAUUAUUAUUACUGAUACUCUGGGGUGAAGGUGUGACUGAAGGUGUUUAGGUUAGUGUUAGGAAUCAAGCUACCUCACUGUUAGUCACGACUGCACACCUGCAAAUAUAGGGUAAGUUUCUGUUUAUUGAUGAUAACUACUCAAUUCUCAAUAACUUCUUCCUGAUACUGGAUUCUUGCUGGAAUAAAACAAUCAGGAAUCGAGUUGAGAAUUAAGCUUUGCAACAAAUUUUCAACUUCUGGAUAGUACUGUGUUGGUUUGCCCUUGAGGGAUGUGGUUAGUGUUAGUAAAUAAUAAUUAUUUUCUUUUGAUCUUUUUUUGUGCAGGGAACUGGUUUACAAGCUCAGUCGGUGUUCAAAGAGAAACUCACUUUUAGACCUCACUCCACGUCAAGUCAGACACACAGAAAAAUGACGCUUUCCAUUGCUGAUCGUGCAUCCAAAGCACAGAAGAUUAAACUGCUCUCAGCAGCAGGAAUGGACCCAGAAGCACAAAGAACUGAGCUAAUAAAGGUAAGAGUUCUUUGAAGUACGGUCUGUCUUAUUAUCUUCUUUUUAAUUAAUGUAAAUCAACAGCAAAGGUAUAAAUCGUUUUCACGUGACCGACAUAACAGCCAUUUUGUUAAGACUCCUCAAACAAUAAAACCUCGGCCAAUUUGGUGUACCAAAAAAGUCUUGUGGGGAUGAAUCUCUUUUCUCGUGUAAAAACUUUCUUUUGUUCUAAGAAAUUUACAUAGCUGCAUUGACUGAAAAUGAUCAUUCUAAAACAAAGUGCAAGACCCUUGGGGAAUGGGCCUUCGCUCUAGGGGUGUAAUGAUAUAUAUUCCUUGCGAUUUAAUUCGAUUUUGAUUACUGUCUUUCGAUUUCGAUUAUUUUGAUUUCGAUUAUUUCAAUUCAAUUAUGUAAAUGUUUCUUGACUCUUAUAACAUAACAUGUAAUGUUAACAACAUGCAACCCUAAACCCUCAAUUUGAGAAUAGUAACAGGGAUAGGAGGAUUCACAGUCGCUUGGUUCGUCGCCAUGUUUGAGAACCUGAUUAAGGUACCAGCCACCCUUCAGGACCGUCCGCGCGUGGAUCGCUGUAGCGUUAGUUGUUUUUAUAAAAACCCCUAUAAACCAUAUAUUUUUUAAAAGCUUAAUAAUUCCAGAUUAUGGAUUUGAACUAACAAAAACGAUUUACUUAAAUGUGUUUCGAAAUUGGAACGCUUUGUGUAAACGUACACGUCUCUAUAAAUCAUGUUCCACUCCCGCUGGAAAAAAACGGAAGAAAACUUUUAACACCGCAUUCGCUUCUCAACAAGUUCCACUAAAAAGCCGUGUCUCAGAUUUUUGACAAGUGCGUUUGUUUUUCUUUUAUUAGCAAAUGAAGUUGGGGAAGGCAAUUAGUCAACACUCCCUGUGGAAAAAAAGCUCUAGCUUUAAAAUGAAAAGGAGUAUUAAAAUUCGCAGACACGGUUUUGUAGAAGAGAUAUAUGGCAUCACUCUGGCCAAAUUUUAGCCAAAUUGAUUGAAAGGCUGCCGACUUGGAGUUCAAAACGUACGAGUCGGUCGGCAAAAUCUGCGUUCGGAGAUAAAAUAGAAAAUACACUUUUGGCGGCAUGCUACCUGGAAUGAGAUUAUAACACCUAAAUGUUUAUUCUUAUUGAUAUCAGAGAGGGAUCAAUUUUCUCUAACAAUAGGACUUUGACAGGUAACAUGUAACAGGAAAACGUCCACUCUUUUACAUCACGAGAAGCACGGUUUAAUUCUUUCUCGAGCAAAAGUUUUGCCACUCCUUCGAUCUUUUUUGUAUGAUCCGCCCAGGCGUUUUUGUUGAUCGGCGCCAGGCCAAGGAAACUAAAAAACUUUGAAGCCGCCCAAUGUCCACCACCGAUUGCUCGAAGGCCAAGAACUGAGGCCCGGUUUAUUUCAAACGCUCUCCUCUUCUCGGAAGAAUUAAAAACAGAAUUUGUCUUGUGCGACGGACAGCUUUCAUUCUCGCGCUGGAUUCUCCAGGUAGAACCAAGUCCAUGCUUAGUCGCUACAUUUUCCAUGACUUGGACUCUUCCCUGGCAAUCGACAAGAUACAGACUCGUCCAGUUUCUCAAGCAGCUUUUCGCUCGAUACAAUAGCUCGACUGCUUAUUGUUUUCCACGUUCCAUCAGCAGAUGGGGUCGAUGAGCUUAAUUGGCUUUCUUCAUCUGGCUCUUCAAGCUGGAUUUUGGAGCGGCUUGCACUCUCAGCAACUGCAGCAUUUUCGCUUUUCUGAAUAUCCAACUCCUCGAGCCACUUCUCUUGCUGAUAAAAUGAGCCUUUGUCGCUCUCUGCCAAUUUUGCAGCCCAUUCUUUGUCAAACUCGCUCUUCGAUUUCUUUUUCCCUCUCGGUUUCGAUGACGAAAACGGACACGACCCUUUUCUUUUUUUUGGCCGCAUUUUCACCGAAGUAAACGCUAAAUAUCCACAGAGAAUACUAAAGGCUAUAAACAACGCGAAGACAAUUCGCACGUGUUGUGUCGAAGCACGCACUCGGUAUCAGUUACUAGUUCACGGGCAAGUUAAUUGAUAUAUGACACGGGUAUGACAGAACUUGUCAACGAUCAAUUAAGAUAAUUAACGAGAAAAAAUCUUUUACCCCCGAUAUCUUUCGACAGAAAUAAUAUUUUCGUCUGAUUUUUGUUUUAAAAGAAAGCUCUCAAGCAUAUCUAUUUGAAAACGUUGAAACCUCAAAUAUGGAAAAAUGGCAAUUUUAAGGGUGGCUGAUACCUUAAGAUGGUUUGCCUUAUUUGGAAAUUCUAAAGGGAUGGUUGAAGGACAGCAUUUGUACCAGGCAACACAAAGUGGUGCAUGAACUGCUAUCGUCUUUGCUCCUUACAGUCAAACCAGGUCAAGCGUUACACUUUCCACAAGUUGACCUCAGAAUUUUGUUUUUUCCUCUUUUUUUUCUGAGAGUCGAGUGCUGGCGAGUUCUGAAGUUCAAACCCAAACAAACUGUUACAUGUACGCCAGUUUGCUGCCAAUAAUCAGUGCAACAGACCUAGGCCUGACCUCUUAGAAAACACGACGGUCAAACUGAGGUCAGUGUAUGUGCGGUGAUUGGUGGAUUUCGAUCCUCGGCCUUUGUCAGUUUCUUUGCGUUUGCGGUCUGUCUAUUCUAGCUGUUAUUUUGAUUAAAGGCAAUGAAAAACGCAAUCGUAAACGGCAGGAAAAGGGAAGCAAAUACGACUGAACACAACAGACAAGAAUAAAGAACAGGUAGAUUUUGUUCAUAAAGCAAAUCAACAUUUGAUUAUUGAAUCGAGGUACAAUUUGACCGUUGGAUUAUUCAUUUUAUGAAUGGAUUAUUGAAUCAACAAACGAAAUCAUUUUUCCAUUAAUGAAUUCAUUAGUUUGUUAGCGACGGGAACGCUUGACCUGGUUUGACUGUAAUCAAAAACACACAAUUUAAAGAGUUCUGGAUUCUGAUUUUACAAUAUAGUAACUCGCUGAGGGCACCCUGGAAAAGCUAUGCAAAAAUCAAAGCAAAAUUGAAAUGUGGAAGCAAAAAAUCGUGAAUCGAACCGAACGGUCAUAAUCACGAUUAAUCAAGAAUUCGAUUAAUUGUUACUCCACUACAGUUCACUCGUGUUAGCCCCUCACUGUGGAACUCUCUUAGUUCAGCUAUCAGGGGUAUCCGGAGUGUUCAGGGUUUAAGCAGGCUUUAAAGAACUUUUCAUUUCAUUUGGCAUUUGCCCACUGAAGCAAUUCAUGUACAGUUAUUGUGGUGUUUAUUCUCAUUUUGUUUAAGUGUACUGUUUGUUAUCUGUUAGUGUUUCUCAGCUUUUAUUAGCACUUUAGAACAUGUAUUAAUUAUAGGUUUAGCGCCAUGUAUAAAUUUCUAUAUAUUUCUACUAUUAUUAUUAUUAUUAUUAUUAUUAUUAUAUUAUUAUUAUUAUUACUAUCAAGUGCAGUUACCAAAAUUAGUUUGUGUGUGGGUUAGAAAUUUAGAGUUCACUAUUUAUUUUAUUAACACUAUGUUUACAUGAAGUACUCCCAGUAAUCCUACUAAUCCACUUUCUUUUAUCGAGUAUGUCUUGUUAUUUUCUGGCACUGAAUACUGUAACUAUGUUUAGCAUAAAACCCAUAAAUUCGGUUAAUUUCCCAAACAUGAAUUCCCAACUUGGUAUGCAUGUGCACUCUAUCCACCAAGUUUGUCUUUUACUUCUAUUUAACAGAAAGAGGAUGAAAGGCUGAGAACCCAAUUGCGGCGUGAAAAUCAGCAGCGUAGAAUGAGGGAAAGAAGCCAAGCAAAGGGUCUUAGCGCUAGCUUCCUGGAGCCUGAUCGAUAUGAAGAUGAAGGAGAAGAUUUAGAGCAGAGUCUGCUGGCAAUAAAGAAUAAAUACAAGAAAAAGUUGGCCAAAGGUUUGUUGAUAUCAGAUUGAGCCAAAAUGUCUUUUUUUUUGGUUAUGUUACAGGUCAAAAUUAAAAUCAGGUUAUUUUUUUUUUAACCCAGGUUGACUCUAAAUUUCCUUUGUCUGCUACUCCAUGAAUUGUGGCUAGGAGACCAAGGAAACUGAGAAUUUUCCUAGCUUAAAAAAUUUUAACCUGAAUUAAACUCAUCACCAAUAGAGCCGGGCAAUGCUCUAGCAUGAGGAGGAGGUAUCCAUGGCAACCCUGUGAGCGGCCCCCACCAGGCACCGUCACACUGAACAAUUCAGUGGAAUACUUACCGACCCAAUACUUACCUAGCCCACACCAAGAGGGAGGGAGGGAUGGGAAAAACCAAAGCACAAACUGGCAUGCAAACAGCAAGCUAUUGCAACAACACUUUGCAAAGAACUGCAAGCAAGCAACUGCAUAUAUAAGUCACGAGGUGCCCCUGCUAGAGGCAUCGGGCCACCCCUAUUAUAGCUGGGGAAACAGCUGACCAGCAUUGCUUCGAGGUUAACUUUGCCUAAAUUACAUUUAGCCACAUUAUAAUUUUGACCAGUAACAUUUACAAUAAAGUUGAAGUGUUUGUAAGUGACCGCCUCUGAAAUUCGAAAAAGUGGUCAAAACAAGAGCUGGUCGCUUACAAGAAUGAGCUCUUGUAAGGGAUAGCAGGGUAAAACAACAGAGAAUGGUCACUUAUGGACGCUUAAAAAACGCAUUAACAAUUCAUAAAGAAAAGACAAAAGAAAUAAAUUGUUUAAUGAGUGUCUAUGUAAGACACGUCUAACUUGUGGUCUCUAGGGAACCAGAAAUGACCUGGAACUUUUACUGCACUGUAUGUAAGAUCUUUAUCAAUGAACCGUCAGCGCAGUGUGCAGUUUCAUGGAAGUGUUGAUUUAUAUGAAUAAGACUCUGGAUGGGUGCUUAAGAGAGCUUAAAAACAAUUAAAGAAAAGUGUAGUUGGGUAAUCCCAAAAGUGGUCGCGGUCGCUUACAGGAGCCUUCUGUUAUGAGAGGUUUCAUUACAAAGUUGAAAUCACAGUUUGGGUUUUCACAAAGGUGGUUGUAACUACAGCUGUAGAGCUGGCCACUUAUGAGAGUGGUCACAAGGAGAGCUUCGACUGUAUUAUACAGGACAAUCUCUGUGCUACAGGAAAAUCUAGGACUGAAAUGACCAAAAUACUGAUGGAUUUGUAUUGACCAGGGACAGAUUGAGACAAGAUCUUGACAGAAUAACGUGCUGAAACAAAGUUGUUGUUGAUUUUGUUUUCAGGAUUUGGUAGUGAGUCAGAUGAAGUUGAAAGUGAAGGUGCUGAAGGAUUGGAGAGUGAUGAAGAGGGAGAAGACAAAGAGAGACUAUUGAAUGCAAAGGAAGGCAUGGAAUCAGAAGAUGACAAACUUGAAAGCAGAAAAAGAACAAAUAGUGAAGAUAAGGGUUCACAGAGAAAAAAGAAAAAGAGUCGACAAAUUGUUGAAAGUGAUGAAGACAGUGAUUAA